GACGCGGUGUUGCCACAGGCCCCUGCCAGCCACACGCGGGGCUCCGGCCAUGGGCGGCCUCAGCGCCUCCGCCGCCUUCCGGGAGCAUCUCCGCCGGCUGUGCCUGGAGGGCUUCCCCUGCGGCGCCGGCAGCUGGAACAGGUCCCGUUUCGAAUCAAGGAAAAGGAAACCUGGAGGAAAUGCAGCCCAGAGAGAGGCAGAUGCAGGCACAGCCCAGCACCAGGAAAUUGGAACUCCCAGCGAAGAGAGCCUGGAAACCUUAAUGGAGUUUGUGAGCAGCCAGGACUCCCCCUGGGCUCUGCCACCUGACUGCAGCCCCGAGGACCAGCACCUGAGGGAGCUGGCAGUACAAUCGCCGCAGCUUAUCCGGGACAACUUCAUCUUCUUGUUCUUCAGGUCCUUAAGGAUAGUGGAUAAAGGAGUAAAUGAAGUUGAUGAAAAUUUGUUGAAGUUUCAUAACUUGGAAGAGCUCAUACUCAGUGCCAAUCAAAUCAGCAAAAUAAACUCUGCCCACCUUCCUAGAACACUGAAGGUCUUGGAGCUCUGUGGCAAUGAGAUUGUCGGUUUGCAGGAUCUGUGUUCUCACCCACCUCCGGAGCUCCAGCAUUUGGGGCUGGGCUACAACAGGCUGCUGGGCUCUUCAGAGGAUAAAUAUCUCACAGCAGAAUUCUGGCCAAAUCUUCUCUCUCUUGACCUAAGUUUUAAUAAUUUUACGGAUCUGCUGGGCAUAGUCUCUAAACUGGCCACUCUGUGGAGGCUCAGAACGCUUGUGCUCCAGGGUAAUCCACUAGUGCUCAUUCCUGGCUACAGAGGUUUUGUAAUAGACAGCCUGCCCAAACUCUGUAUACUGGAUGACAGGAACAUAUCGCCUGAUGAGAAGCAUCAGUUCCAUGGUCUGUCUAGCAAGCCAGAUCUCAUUGUGAAUAAAGCACAACUGGUGGUGAGUGUUGGGAAAAUCAAAGGCAUCCCUAACCCCAUCAAGCUAGAGGAGCUGGAAAGCAACCCAGAGUCUCCAGUGAUCUCUCACAGCUACUAUGUGACAUACGAGUUUGUGGAGAGGGAGAAAGCCGAGGACACUAACAAUGCUGAGGUAAUGAAAUUCCAUCAGAGUCAAAUGGUGGCUACACCAAACCCUGGGAGCCCACUGGAGAGUGCUGACACAGGAGGAUCGGAAUCUCCAGCUAUGUCUUCUUUGCAUAAACAGGAGCCUCCGGCAAACAGGGCAAACAGGCACCUCACCCCGCGGAAGCCCUGGGCUGAGACCAUUGAGUGCAGCCACAGGAAGGAGCACGUCACUGGGGACUUAGUGGCACUGAAAGCCUUCCUUAUGGCUGGCACCACCGUCACUGUUGUCGAGGAAAAGGUGCUUUCAUGGCCCAUUGCUGCAGCUCUGGCUGAAGAUGGAGGCAAGAAGGGGAAGGCAGAUAAGGGAAAAGCAGAGGAGAAGCCAAAGGAUGGUGGUAAGGGAUUGGCUCCUGCUCCAGCGUUUGAGAUGUAUCCCAGGAUAAGAAUGGUUGUACUAUAUACCGUCUCAAUCACGUUGAUUGCAUUCCUUAUGUAUAUAAGGAAAGAGACUAAGUUGGCUGUCUCCCCAGCAGCCAGGAAGAUAGCUGCACCAAAUCCCAGCCAUACGUUCUGGGCCCCGGAGCAGACUGAAGCCAGCAAAUGUUUGCCAGACCUGACUAUUGUCAAUUCCUCUCUUGCACUCCCAGAGCUUCACCGCACCUUCUUAAUGUACAAGCACUGCAGGGACUUUUCAACACUGCUGAAGCCCACAAGAUGCAGUGAGGAAACAUUCCUCUUGCUGGCAAUCAAGUCUCCCCCGAUCAACAUAGACCGUAGGGUUGCUAUCAGGAACACAUGGGGGAAAGAAGUGGCCAUUGGCAGCAAGCCAAUCAAACUGGUGUUCUUGCUUGGGCGCUCGGAGGCCAAAAUCCAAGCUCACUCCCUCCACCAGCUGCUGGUUUAUGAGAGCCAAGAGUUUGAUGACAUUGUCCAGUGGGAUUUCACCGACAACUUCUUCAACUUGACACUGAAGGAGCUGCACUUCCUCCGGUGGUUCAUGGCGGACUGUCCCCAUGCCAGGUUUGUGCUGAAGGGCGAUGAUGACGUUUUUGUCAACACCUACAAUAUCGUUGAGUUCCUCAAGGAACUCGAACCUGGGGAGGAUCUCUUUGUUGGGGAUGUGAUCAGCCAGGCCCGUCCUAUAAGAAACACCAAAGUCAAAUAUUUCAUCCCGGAGUCUAUGUACAAAGCGCCCUACUAUCCUCUCUAUGCUGGUGGCGGGGGCUAUGUGAUGUCCAGAAUGACAGUGCAGCGACUCCAGAACACUGCCGAGGACACCGAACUCUUCCCAAUAGAUGAUGUCUUUGUGGGAAUGUGUCUGGCAAAGAUGGCAGUGACUCCAUUGAACCAUGCUGGCUUUAAGACCUUUGGAAUCCAGAGGCCUUUUAAUCCUUUUGAUCCAUGUCUGUACAAAGAACUGAUGAUAGUGCACAAGCUGAACCCCACCGAGAUGUGGAUCAUGUGGACGCUGGUAAAGGAUGACCAUAUUAGGUGUGCUGUAUCAUUAACUCAGUAACUCACAAAAUGAGACUGCUGAUGCUAAGCGGGGGGAACAGAAUGAUGGUGGUGGUUACUCCAGGUUGCUUAAACUGACAUUAAAAACAGAAACAAAAGAAAGUUGUAGUAGAUGAUACGUUUUUAUUAACAGACUGUAGUUUUACAGUAGGGUAAUGUUCUUCAAUGAGCCUCUGAAAAUAUAUUGUUGGGUUACUGAAGCAUCACGAGGUUGAACUGAAAACACAUAGCGGGGAUAGCUCAGGGACUUGGCAUUGUGAUUGGGAUUGCAUCCUCUCUAGAUCACUGAUUUGAAUUCAGCCCACCUGGGUGGUUCUGAGUGGCUCUUUGCAAAGUGAGGUGGUGGUCUUAGUGCCAGUUCUGAUGGUGGCUCUCGGACAGCAGUGUCCAAGUUACAACUACCAACCUUACUAGCAGUCUCUAGUUACUGGCCUUCCUACUAAACAGGCAAUAGAGCCUGAACUCACCCAUUAACCCUUGAAAUCAGGGCUAAGGCACAAGAAGUGUGUGGACAAGCUUAUGCUGCUGGAUCUGGGCAUCUCCUGUCAAGGACUUCACUGUCCAGGGUUAGCAAUCCACCAGAUGUCACCAGCGCUAAAUUUACUUAAUGGGGAUGUGGGGGAAAGAACACAGAGAAGAUGGUCUAGAAACCUUUCAGUUGUCUGUUCUUAACACAGCCACUACAUUGCAAGGUACUUAGUUCUAAUAGCACUGACUUCUAACUAGCUCUUUUUCUUUUGGUUUUUAUCUACUUACAUUAGAUUAUUUGCACUGGAAUUUCUGCACAAAAAUACUUGACAGUGGGAUUGGGAGAAGAAACAAAUUGCUAUUAACCACUGUAAUAACAAUGGCUUUUUUAAACAGCAGGUAUAAAUAAAUACAGUUUUGAAAGUG